AUACUUUGUGUACGUUUAAGGCUUACCCUAUUCUCCAGUGUUUUUGAUUUUUAUUUUAUCUUAAUUCAAUUCUCAUUGUCUACUCUUUGUUUUUAUUUUUUUAUAUACACAAAUGUUGCAUCUACCAUAACAAUAUACUGAUUUAAUUUUACUCAGUAUUUAAUCUUGUUCUUUAUGAACAUGGCUGCCUCUUCUUCUGAAAUUGUGAAAUGUUUGAAGGAUUGGCAUCACAUUUGGAAGUAUCAGCUUUAUCUCCAUCGGAAGACUGAACUUUUUGAGAAGAUUGGUGGUUACAUAAAUGAUUUAUUAGAAUGGCGCCGUCAAAUCGCGGAAGCAACUUUAACCAAAGAUCAGGUAAAGGAGAUAACUCUCAAGAUAACUCGUCAUAUAGACACAGGCAAUCGUCUUCUCGGGUUGGACCUAGUUCCAAGAAUAGAUGGUCAAAUAGUUGACCCUGAAUUAAUUAGUCCCAUUGAGCUUUAUCAAAUACAUUACGAGUCAAGCAAUGGAAUGGCAUCCAGUCAACGAGCCAGCAAUACUUCAACUCAUUCAUCAACCUUCACCUUUGUAAAUAAUUUUUUGUAUCUUGAUGUUCGUGAUAUUGUAUUACCUUUGGUCAACUUUGAUGAUAAUUUUGAAAUAUCUUUCUACCUGUUUGAUUACUCAACUUCAACCCAAUUGAGUGAAAAAUUUGUUGUGCGUUUUCCUGGGACCAAUGUCAACAAUUCCAAUGGUAGUAGUAACCUAUCUGAUGGGGAUCACCCAUCAAAAGGAAGUCAAUUCAGCACUGUGUUUACUGAUUUAAGUAAUAUCAAUACUACUGGAGAUGUGUUCCUAUUAGUCCAAGUUAUGCGUAUUGGUAAGAUGUUAAGUGUUGAAGGAAAAUCUUCAAAGUCAGCUUUCUCAUCGUCAGCAACUCUUCCUUCAUCUCUUCACUCAACAUCUGCUUCAGGCGCAUCAGCUGCAUCUUGGUCUAAUUUGCGGUUCAAAAGGCCAUUUGGUAGUGCCAUUCAAGGUUUAUCCGAUUUUCUCAAGUCAGAAACAAACGAGAAAGUAUUCAAUAUGAAACUUGCUUGCACAAGCAAUGAAUGUGACUUUUAUCAAGUUCAUGAUAUGCUGUAUAAAAAGCAAACCAACAAAUUAACCCAUAUGACAAACACAUCAAUCUCAUUAGUGGUCAAGUUUUUAACAGGACCUGACUCUACUAAAAUUAUCAAUGAAAAUUCUUAUAUUUUUCAAAAUGUCACAUGUCUUACUGGUAAAAUGGGAUUUCCUGAUGUCAUUAUGCCCGGUGAUGUGAGAAACGAUUUAUACUUAACUUUAGAGUCAGGAGAGUUUGAGAAAGGAGGUAAAUCUAUUCCUAAAAAUGUUGAAGCCCAUACUACACUUUAUGGAGCUGAUGCGGCCCCAAUAAUUAACAGCAUCUCGUACGGAUGUGGUAUCGAUUCAGUUACAACUUACACCUCUCAAGUUCUUUACCAUAAUAAUAAUCCUCGAUGGAUGGAAAGUAUUAAAGUACUCAUUCCACUUGAGGUUUGUGAUCUGAAGGCACAUAUUCGUAUUGAAUUUCGCCAUUGUUCAACUAAGGAAAAUCAAAGCCAACGCGAGAAGGAUAAAAAUUUUCUCGGAUUUUGUUUCUUUCCUCUGUCUGACGAGAAAGGUACCAUUAUUAAAGAUGGUAUCCAUGAAUUGUAUCUUUACAAGUCAAAUGGUCAAUCAGAAAUUCGCAAUCGUCUCAAUGAUCCAAACUCUUAUCUUUCACUACCCUAUGGACCUAAAGAUGAUCGAGAGAUCAAUCAUGAAGGAAAUCAAUUAACUCGAAGCAGCAAAGAAUCAGUGCAUGUACGAACUCAGCUAUGCUCAACUAAAUUAACUCAAAAUACAGAUCUUUUAACACUCUUAAAAUGGCGAUCCAACCCAGAAACUGUGCAAGAUGCUUUGAUGAAAGUUCAUCGUUUAAAUGGAGAAGAAGUUGUUAAGUUUCUUCAAGAUAUUCUGGAUGCUCUUUUUUCAAUGUUUUCAACUCAUGAUGGCAAUCAAACUCACCAUUCUGGUCUAGUAUUCAAAGUUUUACUUCAUAUUUUAUCUCUCCUUGACGAUCCUAAAUAUGAACAUUUCAAACCAGUCCUUGACACUUAUAUAAAUGGGCAUUUUGCUGCAGCUCUUGUUUACAAAGGUCUGCUCUACUCUGUCAAACAGUGUACUGAUCUUAUAAAAGAUGUGGACUCCUUGGACAGUACCCAAAUGUGUUUCCGCUCACUCGAAUGGAUUUUUAAAUUUAUUGUGCAGUCAAGAAUUCUCUAUGCUAGAGCAACUGGGGAUCAUUGUAAUGAAGAUAUUUUCAAACAAGAUCUUUUUACAUUGUUCAGCUCAUUCAAGCGCAUGUUAUCAUUCAAUUAUGAGCCUACUCUGGUCGCAUCUCAAGUUGCUUUCAUCGAAAAUUUUUCAUCUACUUACAACCAACUUCUUCGGGUUUUAUUAACCGAUGAGCUAACUAAUAUCAUUGGAAUGAUUAUCGAUUGUUUACCCUGUCUUGAGCCAUGCCCUCAAAUUAUCAGAGCUAAAUUGAAGUGUAUUCACGAAACUAUUAGCAAUGAAUUAUUAUUGAGAGAUUUUGAGGCUCGUCGAAAAUUGAUUGAUCUUUUCAGUGUCCAUCUUAAGGAACAUAUUAAUCGCCAGCAAGAACUCAAAGCAUGCGCUGCCAUAAUUUCAGAUAUUUUGAAAUUCUUGCACAACGAAAAGAUUAACAUUGCCUCUUGUUCUGGAGCAGCUAUUUCAAGUGGUACCAUAACUGACAUCUCGAAAGAGAUUGAUAUACUUGUGAAUACAAUGCUUGAGCCAAUAGUCCGGGUCAUUGUGGAACUGUCAACAACAACAUCUGGUUCGGUCAAUAUGAUCUGUAUUAAUCUACUUCAUUCAUAUGUUUCUUCUUUUAUGACCCUUCUCCGAUUAAUGGACGAAGCUCAUUGUCGUCGACUUUUGGAUAAGAAAAAUCGCAAAGAAAAGAAGGAACUUCUGCUACAAAUAUUCUAUGUCUUUAAACAGAUUUUUCAACCAGAGAUGUAUAGUAAUGAUUGGACUGUGAUGAAAAUGGUUUCUAAUCAUAUUAUUUUAUGCUCACUACAAGAAUUUUCUAUUGCUUUGACGGAAGAUUUUCUUGGCUACGAGAUGGGUGGCUCUUUUGAUGUUCAGCUGUGGAACUCUUUUUUCAAUUUAUCAGUCUCAUUUCUAACUCAAUCUGCUCUUCAGUUGGAAAAUUUUUCUCCUUCAAAAAGGGAAGCAAUUUUGAACAAAUAUCAAGACAUGCGAGUUCUCAUGGGCUUUCUCAUCUUGUCAAUGUGGGAAAAGUUGGGCGAUCAAAAGGCCCAUUUUAUACCUUCAAUGGUUGCUCCUUUCCUGGAAGUUACUCUUGUACCUGAAAAAGAACUGCGAAAGGCAACUUUACCCAUUUUUUAUGACAUGAUCGAUGCCGAGUUCAUGUCGAACGGCAGUUUCAAGCAAGUAGAAUCAAAAUUGAUUGAUAAAUUGGAUAUUCUAGUCUCUGAUUACAAGGGUGACGAUGGUUUUAAACAAUUAUUUAAUGCAAUGGAACAUUUAAAAGUCGUACUUCUGGAAAAAGUUAAUGAACAAAAUCCAGUCUGGAGAGAAUUAGGAAUCCAAAUGAUACAUUCAAUCACCAAACUAUUGGAACUCUUGUUGGAUUAUCGUAGUGUUAUGAAUGGAGAAGAAAAUCGAGACAUGCGAAUGUCUUGUACCGUUAAUUUGCUUAACUUUUACAAAAAUGAAAUUAAUAGAAAGGAAAUGUAUGUUCGUUACAUUUACAAAUUGUGCGAUCUUCAUAUUCCCGCUGAAAACUAUACUGAAGCCGCAUUUACUUUGAAACUUCAUGCGGAUCUACUUAACUGGAGUUGGAACGUCAUGCCUCGUGAUGCUCUUUACUCUGUUGAACCCUUGGAAUGGCAGAGGAAAGAAUCUCUUUACCUUGCUAUUAUUGAUUAUUUUGAUCGAGGUAAAUGCUGGGAAGAGGGUAUUCCAUUAAUUAAAGAGCUAGCCGAGUUUUAUGAGAAGAAAUUGUUUGAUUAUCAAAAACUGAGUAAUCUUUUGAAGCAAGAAGCUCGUUUCUUUGACAACAUUUUGAUUCAAUUGCGACCAGAACCUGAAUACUUUAGAGUUGGAUUUUAUGGCAAAGGAUUCCCUAUUUUCUUGCGAAACAAGGUUUUCAUCUAUCGAGGACUAGAAUAUGAAAAGAUUGGUGCUUUUACCGCUCGACUGCAAACCGAAUUUCCUCAAAGUCAACUUUUAACUAAAAAUAGUGCUCCAGAUGAUAAAAAAAUGGAAAGUGAUGAACAAUACAUUCAAAUAUGUAACGUUAAACCAGUAGCUGAGCCGAAAGAAGAGUUUGAAGGCAAAGAUUUACCUGAGAAAAUUUUAUCGUAUUAUUUAGUUAAUGAUGUGAAAACAUUUACCUUUGACCGACCUAUUCACAAAGGACCCAUUGAUAAAGAUAAUGAGUUUAAAUCUCUUUGGAUUGAGAGAACUGUUCUCAAAAUUGAUUGUAAAUUACCCGGAAUCUUGAGAUGGUUUGAGGUCAAGAGUAAACCUCAAGUUACAGAAUUAUCUCCAGUCCAACAUGCUAGAGAAACUAUUGAAAAUAUGAACAAACAGCUUCAAAAGUUAAUUGCAUCAUAUACAAAUGAACCAACAAAAGCUCUCAGUCCAUUAACAAUGAGACUUCAAGGUGUAAUCGAAGCUGCUGUCAAUGGAGGAAUCAAUAAAUAUCAUGACGCAUUUUUCGAUCCAGACUAUAUCACUGCUAAUCAAGCCCACUUGAAAGACAUUAAAAGAUUGAAACAAUCAAUCCUCCAGCAAGUUCGUAUUCUUGAAGGUGGCCUUUCUCUACACGGUCGCCUAGUGCCAACAAAUGUAAAACCUUUGCACAAACGUUUGGUUGAAAGGUUCACUUUGAUGAGACAAAAUAUUCUUGAAAAAGGAUCCUUUGACCUUGAUUAUCAGAGUAUCGAUGAAAUAAAUAGGAAAUCUGCAUCCAUAAUUAACACGCCAUUACCGCCAAUCCCGAUUGAAACAAAACCACAUUAUGUCUCUAGUCAUUCAACACCAUCAGGAACCACUCCCUAUGGGCGUUCAACAGAGGAUGAUCAAAUUUAUUGUGUGCCUCAUGAAUAUUAUGGACCAACUCCACCCAUUCCGCCAAGCAGGAACACUCCAAAGCCACCUCAGCCACCACCUAUUCCGCAUACUCGACCUCGAUCAGCUGGUUUCUCAUCUACCGGUGCACCUGAAACAUCAUCCAUUCCUAACACAAAUCCACCAACGCCACCACCUCCACCUCUUCCUAUAUCCGCUUCACCUCUUCUUCCAUCGACUCAUCCAAUUAUCAAUGUAACCACAUCUCGUCAAGUACCAGUCACAUUACCGGUAAACUCUUCAACUUCUUCUGCUGCGGUCCAAAGAAGUCGAUCCAUUCCUCGAACUCAUCAUCUUUACACUUCUACGGGUAUUGGACAACAACAGCAACAACGGCAAUCAACACAAUACUCACCUCAUUCCCCAGUUGCUGCUUACAAUCAUACUCAAGAUGAUAGCGAAGUACCUCCGCUACCUCCAAGAAACAGUAACACCUUGGAUAAAAAUCGAUCAGUAACUAUUAUUCCAGUCGAUUGUCGUCGAGGACCUGUAAACAUUUUGUGAAAUAUUUUCGCUGUAAACAAACUGUACCUAUAAUUAUUAUAUGACUUUUUCAAUAUUUCUUGGAUACUAACAUUAAAUUAUCUUCAUUUUUUGCUUAAA